AUGCAUCUGAACCGCGCCGCUCGUGUGCUCCUCGUGGGAGCCCCCGGCGUCGGUAAGGGCACCCAGAGCGAACGCCUGCUGAAGCGCUUUCCCCAGCUACAGGCCAUUAGCACCGGGGACCUGCUCCGGACCAAUGUCAAGAAGCGCACGCCGCUCGGCAUCCAGGUCGAGAGCAUCAUGAAGUCGGGCGGCCUCGUCGCUGACCACCUAAUGCUGCGCCUCAUCUCCAAUGAACUUCAGCACAGAGGCUGGCUCUACGGUCACCGCCCCAACAUCAUGACUCUGUCUUCCAUGGCCACCACCGCCGACUCUUACGACACCACCGCCGAUUCACUCUAUCCCGAUCCGUUCGCGCACGAAGACAUGGGCGGCCCGCCACCGCAAGCCUCGGAGGACCCGGCCGCGUCCUUCAUCCUGGAUGGAUACCCGCGCAACGCGGCGCAAGCGCUAAGCCUCGACCGCAUCGUGCCCAUCAACCUGGCCGUGGCCAUCAAGACGCCUUUCGAUGUGAUUCUGGAGCGUAUCGCCGGCCGCUGGGUGCACGAGCCCUCAGGACGAGUCUACAACACGACGUUCAACCGACCGCGGGUAGCGGGCAUCGACGACGUCACCGGCGAGGCGCUGGUGCAGCGUCCCGACGACAACGAACAGGUGUAUCGCGCACGCUUUCAGAAGUUCCAAGAGAGCAGCGAGCCGUUACUGGAACACUACGCCAAGAAGGGUGUACUAGUCGAAGUCGAGGGCCUAAGUAGCGACGAGAUCAGCCCCAAGCUGUAUACCGAGUUUGAGAAGCGAUUCGUUGGUUGA